AUGGACCAUGGAAUUGGAACGUAUUUCCUGGACAAAAAUUUAAGUGUACCCAGGCCCUUUCACAGUGGUAGAGAGACAGUAUACAGCAAUGGAUCCCUGCUGCUGAGAAACGUCACCAAGAAGGAUGCAGGAUUCUAUACCCUACUAAUCUUAAAUAGACAUGUAUUUAUUGUGUCAACAGCCACCAUGUACCUUCACGUGCACACCAUCUUUUGGACUUGUGGCUGCCAUGUCACCUCUGCCCAACCCACUAUUGAAUCAGUGCCACCUUGCAUUACUGAAGGGGGAAGUGUUCUUCUACUCGUUCACAAUCCACCAGAGAAUAUUAAAGCCCUUGCCUGGUUCAAAUGGAUGACUGCGUCCAAGAAACUUGAGGUUGCCCGAUAUAUACCAGGCAGGAAAGCAACUGUGUGGGGGCCUGCAUACAGUGGCAGAGAGACGUUGCACAGUGAUGGAUCCCUGCUGCUUCAUGGUGUCACUCAGAAAGACCCUGGACUGUACACUCUAGCUAUUCUGAGAACAGAUUUGAGAAGUGAAGAAGCACAGAUACAACUCCAGGUCCACACUUCUCAUUCUCAGUUCUGCAACCCUUUCACUUCUUCCCAACUCAGGAUCCAACCAGUGCCUCGCUAUGCAGCUGAAGGGGAAGGCGUAGUUCUCCAAGUUCAUAAUCUUUCAGAAAAUCUGAAAGCCUUUUCCUGGCAUAAAUCAAAGUAUAGGAACCCGUUACAGUCUGUGACACAGCACUUUGUGCAUAUCAGUGACAGCACAGUCACAGGAGGUACAUCUGUGAUCUUCACUUGCAUUUCACCCGACACUGAUGUCUCCAUCCGUUCGAUCUUCAAUAACAAGAGUAUGCCUCACCUAGGAAGGAUGACUCUGUCCCCAACAAAGUGUGGACUCAGAAUAGAUCCUGUCAGGAGAGAGGAUGCUGGAGAAUACAAGUGUGAAGUCUCCAACCAAGUCAGUAUGAAGACCAGUCUCCCAGUCUCUUGGCCGAGAUGA